ACUCUACCUCAGUCUCUCUUUGUCUCUCUUUAUCUCUCGCUCUCACACACACACACACACACACACACACACACACAUCCUCUCUUCAUCAUGUGGAAUAACAGCAGUAUAACGAACACCACCUCGCUGGCUGGGAGACUCGGGGUCAUCCAGCAGGCUUUGGGAGUGACGUUAGCGGUCAUGCUCGGGCUGGUGAUUUUCUCCCUGGGCUGCUCGGUGGAGGUGGGUAAGAUCUGGCUCAACCUGAAGCGCCCCUGGGGUAUCUUGACGGGGUUGUUGUGCCAGUUAGGUGCCAUGCCCCUCACUGCAUAUCUCCUGGCUCUGGCCUUCUCCGUCCAGCCGGUGCAAGCCGUCGCCAUCAUCGUGGUUGGAUCCUGUCCUGGAGGAACCAUCUCUAACAUCAUCACAUACUGGCUGGAUGGCGACAUGGACCUCAGCAUAACCCUGACCACCGUGUCCACUCUGCUGGGACUGGGUACCAUGCCUCUGAAUCUGUACAUGUACUCCCGUACAUGGGGCAAUGCAGAGAGGAUGGAGAUACCUUAUCUGAACAUCGGUCUGGCGUGUAUCAGCCUGAUCAUCCCCGUGUCCUGCGGAGUGCUGGUCAAUUACAAGUGGCCCAAAGUGGCACAGGUGCUUCUGAAGGUGGGAACAAUAUUCGGAGGCUUGGUGAUGCUGGGUGUUGGGAUCACUAGUAUUUUACUAUAUGAAGGCCUGUGGAACACAGACGCCUCCAUCCUGAUCAUCGGCAGCGUGUUUCCCGUCAUCGGCUGUUUCAUAGGCUUCAUCAUCUCCUCGAUAAUGCGGCACUCGUGGAAUCGAUGCAGGGCCAUCGCCAUGGAGACGGGAGCUCAGAACAUGCAGAUCUGUGGUACUGUCCUGCAGCUGUUCUUCAGUCCACAUCAACUGUCGCAAAUCAUCACACUUCCUAUUAUGUACAGCUGUUUCCAGCUGCUGACGGGCCUGCUGCUGAUCAUCACUUAUCAGAUUUACAAGAAGACGUCAUGUAGGAAUUAUUUUAUGAGUGCAGAGGAACGAGGCCAGGUGGAAGAAAGCGCUCCUAAAGGAGAAAUCAACACGGCCUUUGAGAAAGACUCUUCCUGUGAAGCUCACAAGAACGCUGAGGAACUUCACGGCACACGACUUUAAACAUCUCCUCCUGUAGAUGUGACUCCUGUAGGCUUCCUGCACUGUGUAGAUCUGUGUUUUGGUUUUUAAUUGUUGUUUUUUUUCACUUAAUAAAAACUGGGGAACUUUGUUUCUUUGCUAAACAUUAUUAUUAUUAUUAUUAUUAUUAUUAUUAUUAUUAU